UCAAAUUCACAAAAGGGCACACACACAAAGCAUCUGUAUCCCGGACUUCAUGGUGCAACUUGAUCAUACAAGUGUGAAUAAACACUUGCGAUGUUAACUGGUGACGAUGGAAAAACCUGAGAAACAACUGGGGUCAAAUCAUGUCCAACGAAUGUUUGACCCUGCUGCAUGUGACGGACAGGUAAAGUCAACAAACAGCCCUAAGGCGAAAAACACGGAGGCGAAACGGACUUUGGGGAGUUUGUUGACAUGACAGCGACUCUUAAUGAGAUCUGUGGAGGCUCAGCAGCUAUCAUAAAAGGCUUGACACUCCGGCAACUGUUGACCGCCAGUGUGCAUGGUGCACAUGAGUGGAGCGCGAUGAACGGAACUCACGUCCUCAUAAGUCUUGGCGGCUAUGUCGAUGUGGAUAAGUACCGAUAUGUUUACUUUGUUGUCUUUUUGACGCUCUACGUUCUCAUCCUCUACUCGAAUGGGACAAUUAUUUAUCUCAUCUUGAGUCACAGGAACCUUCACGAGCCCAUGUAUAUUUUCAUCGCGGCUUUGUCUCUCAACUCGCUCUUGUUCAGCACGGCUAUUUAUCCCAAACUCAUUGCGGACGUCUUGUCUCACCGGCAGAGCAUUUCGCACUCCGCUUGUAUGUUGCAGUUGUUCCUUUUCUACGCUUUAGGUGCUUCAGACUUCUUUCUGUUGUCAGUCAUGGCUUACGACAGGUACGUGUCCAUCUGCAAGCCUCUGCACUAUGCAACCACCAUGCGUCCAACCAAUGUCACCAUCUUCUUGGCUUUGGCCUGGUUUCUGCCCGGCUGCCAGGUUGCUGUGGGAAGUUACAUUAAUGGAAAGCAAAAAUUGUGCAGGUUUGUUUCGGGGGGCAUUUUCUGCAACAAUACUGUGAAUAAGCUUCACUGUGUGAGAUCAGAAACGACGGUCAUUUACGGUGUGUUUGUCUUCAUCAGCAUUGUGGUUCUCCCUGUCUUGUUCAUCCUCUUCACAUACGUUAAAAUAUUUCUCGUCGCAUGUUGCCGUUGCGGCGGAGCCUGGGAAAAGGCGGUCGAGACCUGUUUGCCUCACCUGAUGGUUUUAGUCUGCUUCUCUUGCUUGGCCGCGUUCGACGUCAUUGUGGAACAAACGGGGUCAGAGCUUCCGAAGACGGUUCGCCUGAUCAUGAUGUUGCAAAUCGUGGUGUACCAUCCUCUCUUCAAUCCAAUUAUAUAUGGCGUGAAGAUGAAAGAAAUCUGGAAACACAUCAAGAAGGUGUUCCGUCACCACAUCAAAUAAAUGGAUUUAGAUGUUCAACCUGUCACAAAAUAAAUCAAUAAAUGAAGCCGGGAUUUAAUUUGUCUAUUGCAUUUGGCAUUUAACCGGUCACACGUAUUUCAUAAUGUAAAAGGUAAUUCACAUUAUUGUUGUUUGAUGGUCGUAUUGAUAUGUGUUAUGUGUGCACAAUUGAUUGUAAUGUGUUCCAUUCAUGAUUAAAAAAAAAAUCCCAUUCAGGAAGUCUAGUUACUGUUUUAUUAUCUUGACCUUUUUAUUUUCCUUCACAGGAUGAAAACAAAUAUAUAUAUAUAUAUCGUUAUCUAUCCAGCUAUCCGUUGCUCCAAGAAUGUUACAGCC